AUGCCUCUCGUCAGAAACCCCAUCCUCCCCGGGUUCAACCCCGACCCCUCAAUCCUCAGAGUCGGCUCCGACUACUACGUAGCAACAUCGACAUUCGAGUGGUUCCCCGGAGUCCAGAUCCACCACUCCAAAGAUCUCGCAAACUGGACAUUGGCAGUCCGUCCUCUCACCCGCAAGAGCCAGCUCGACAUGCGCGGCGACCCAGACAGCUGCGGUGUCUGGGCUCCCUGUCUCACUCAUGAUGGUGAAAAGUUCUGGCUCGUUUACACGGAUGUGAAGCGGAAGGAUGGGUCUUUCAAGGAUACGCACAACUACAUCAUCAGUGCUCCGGCUAUUGAAGGACCAUGGUCUGAUCCCAUUUAUGCCAACUCGUCUGGCUUUGAUCCUUCACUGUUUCACGACGAGGAUGGUCGCAAGUGGUUCAGCAACAUGACAUGGGACCACCGGGCUCGUCCCCUCCUGUUCGCCGGCAUCAUGCUUCAAGAGUUUGACCCAAAAGCAGGCAAACUCGUCGGCCCACGGAAGAAUGUCUACCAGGGAACAGACCUCAAGUUCGUCGAGGGACCUCACAUGUACAAGCGCAACGGGUGGUAUUACAUGUUGACAGCCGAAGGAGGAACGGGAUACAACCACGCCGUCACGCUUGCACGGUCUCGAAACAUCUGGGGUCCUUAUGAGGAUCAUCCUCAGAAGCAUAUUCUCACGUCCAAGGACACUCCCAACGUCGCGCUGCAGAGGGCUGGACACGGCGAUAUCGUGGAUACGCCUGACGGCAAGACUUAUAUCGUGCAUCUCACUGGACGGCCGAUUGGUCAGAAGCGUCGGUGCGUGUUGGGACGAGAGACGGGAAUCCAAGAAGCAUACUGGGGUGACGACGACUGGCUCUACGUGAAGAAUGGGCCAGUCCCGAGCCUCUUCGUUGACCUCCCCGCCGCACGAGAUGACACAGCAUACUGGGCUGAGCAGCGAUACACGUUUGAGAACGGUCUUCACCAAGACUUUCAGUGGCUGCGAACACCAGAGCCAGAGCGCAUCUUCUCGGUGAACGACGGAAAGCUCACUUUGAUCGGUCGCGAGUCAAUCGGAUCAUGGUUUGAACAGUCUCUAGUGGCAAGGCGACAGACGCAUUUCUCUUGUGACGCCGAGACUGUCAUCGACUUUUCCCCAGAGGACGAGCGCCAAUUUGCAGGACUUACAGCCUACUACUCUCGCUACAACUUCUUCUACCUCACCGUCACAGCCCACUCAGACGGCCAGAGAGAGCUUUCCAUCAUGAGCUCAGAAGACUCAUCUCCCCUCGGUAAGCUCGAACCUCAAAAGGCAGAACCGGUAAAACUCCCCAACGAGGGCAAGGUGAAGCUGGGUCUAUCCAUUCGCAUGAGCAAGCUCCAAUUCUACUACGCCCUCGAGGGUGACGAACUGAAAGAUUAUGGUCCCGUUCUGGAUGCUUCGAUCCUAUCGGAUGAGUGCGGUGGACAUGUAGGAGAUGGGAGCUUCACUGGUUCAUUCCUAGGAGUGGCGUGCUCGGACUUGAAUGGACUUGGGAUAGAGGCCAAGUUUGACUACUUUGUGUACCGACCUGUCCACCACGAGUUGGACCGCUACGAGAUAUAG